AUGGGCAUUUUCGAACUGUACUGCGCCUUCUGCGCCGGUCCUCUCUGCGAUGCACGCGAAGCGUGGCGAAGGUACCUCCUUGACGAUAAUACCUCCGCUGCGGACUGGCCUCCGGCGGACGGAAAAUGGCGGAAUCCCCCAGGGUAUCCGGUACCCUCGGCGUCGAUAGAUGACAUACUCUCCAUCUCUGCCGAAGAUGGCGCAUAUUGGAAGGACUGGGUAUGCGUCAGCCCUCGGUGGAAGGAGGACUGGGUUUCACCACCGUGCACGCAGGGUGACUCCGGAACGAUCUACAUCAACGGUAGCAGCGACUGGCAAGACCAACCGGGUCGUUACGUCCGCAUUCACCGAGGUUGUCUUUCUUUCCUUUGCCGACGCGUCAACAUCACGCCUCGUCAGCUAUGGGAGUCACUCUACGAAACCGGCUCGGACUAUCUGCAAUACGGAGAGGCCGGUCAAGGCCUCCUGUAUUGUCUCAAGUACUACGACAUGGAGGGCCGGAAUGGUCAGGAGUUCGGAUACGCCAUCGCGAGACAGACCGCCAAGGAAGACGACCCCGAGACGGUCGACCGAUGGGACGAUCCGGACACUAUGGAAGAUACAGCUUGGUUGCUGAGCCGGCCAAUGGUACUUCCUAUCCCCGAGGCGCUCGAUGUUUGCCCGCCGGCAACGUCGCCCGCAGAGAUCAACCAGCGCGCUCCAUGGUCGAAGGUCUUCGGCGUUCCCGAACUUUUCAACGCCAUCCUCUCUGCUGUCGUCGAUCUCCCCCUCUCCGUCGUGGCUGAAGAACUCCUAGAGGACGCCACCGUCUUUGACCCUCCAUCUCUCGUGUCCGCUACAGGGACUACUCUGGCUCUUUGCGAGGUCAAUCAUUUCUUUCACGACGCGAUCAUACGACAUCGCCAGGGGCUCUUCUUACGGCUUGCGUGGCAAUACGGAUGGGUGCUACCAUCUACGCCCAUGGAAUGGGAGGCGUGGAAAGAUGGCUUGAACGCCAUCGAUCUGCGGUUGGACCAGUCGUAUGACUGGAGAUCAUACCUGCUCAUGUUUCUCCGCAAGGAAGAUCGGCAUGUGAAGAACCGAUGGCGCAUGCAUCGCAUGUCCCUGCAAUAUGCACGAGGACGUGCUCGUCCGGCCACAGAGAGCACUCCGGCUUGGAGAUGGAACGUAGGAGAACUGGGCAUACGAGGCUGUCUCAGUCCACCUCAGAGGUGGUCAUGGGAGUAGCUUGAUGGUGUACGUCAGCGUACGUUAGGCGCUGUCCGUUGUUGGUCUUCGCAUCCAAGCCGAAUUGAUCGCAGGUGGCUCCUGUAUUCGUACAUCAUAUUCUAGUAACAUUGGCGUUGCAAAGUUGCACGCAUCGAUAUG